ACUGUUCCCUGUGUUGUGUUGAUUUCUAGAAAGAGGAAAAGAAGACUUGACGUUUGGAUUAACCACAGCAGACUUCUCAUUGUUAUUGUGUGUGUUUCACACUUUAAUUUCACUAAUCGAAGAAACCUGCAGCAAAGUGUGAAUCAGUCAAUGGGAAAAAUCUAACAAUGUUUAGCUUUGAAGGAGAUUUCAAAACAAGACCCAAGGUGUCUCUUGGAGGAGCCAGUAAGAAGGAGGAGAAAGCAUCUCUGCUGCACCGCACUCAAGAAGAGAGACGGAAAAGAGAGGACGAACGGAAGCGACUGAAGAAUGCCAUUAUUAUUCAGUCAUACAUACGUGGCUACCAGGACUUAAAACAUCAAUAUUCCAUCCAGAGGGCUCGAUUUGAUGACUGUGUUAACCAGACUCAGGCCGGGGGGGCGUCGCGGGUGUUGGACGGCGCUGGCCUCUGCCUCUUAUCCAGACAGCUCAUAUUUUUCUACAGACAGAGUGUGGACGCACACAGAUUGAUAUGGCUCUGCCAGAACCUGGUCAAACACAACGGCCAGUUUGUGACGCUGUUGGUGGGCCCACAGAAGCAGACAUGUAUGUUUCAGAUCAAGAGAAUCCUCGGCUUCUGCUGCAGACUCCUGCAAAACUGCAAAGACGACAGUCUAAACGUUGCCGUUCCCAUGCGGAUGUUAGAAAUCUUUUCUUCAGAGAGAACCUAUCUUCCCGUUAUUCCAGAUGCUAACUGUGUAGCUUCAUUACUUGAGCAGAUUUUGCACUAUAUGGUACAGAAAGGAUACUACAGGUCGCUGUAUAUUCUGGUGAAUCACAGACUCCCCUCCAGUCUGGAGUACAGCGACGCCCCCUCUGUCCCUCUGGCAAGCACAUUGUUGGAGCACAUCCUCAAACCUCUGCACUUUACCUACUCCUCCUGCACAACAGGCGCAAGGCAGUUUGUAUUUGCGGCUUUCACCGAGGAGUUCAUCUCUGCGCCGUUCACCGAGCAGAUCUUUCACUUCUUCAUCCCUGCGCUGUCAGAUUUCCGUCUCUCAUUCCCGUUCGAGGCCUUCCUGAGCUCCCUGCAGGCCACCGUCGACUCUUCCUCCGCGGCACAGAGCCAGGCACCGUGGCUGUUUUACUUCGUCCUCUCGGCCGGGGAGAACUGCCUCGGCUCACUAUCGGAGGAGGGUCUCCUGCUUUACCUCCGGGCCCUGCAGACGCUGCUGCCUCUGCUGCCGGUGUCAGAGAGCAGCAGCAGGCCUGAAGUGGGCAGCGACUCGGAGGACGAUGACGACGCCAACAUCCAUCCUCUCCCCAUGCAGGACGACAGCAGGAUUUCUGUGCAGCUGAUCACAGAGGAGUGUGUCCACAAGCUGGACACCAAGCAGCAGACCAACGCUCUGCUCAACCUGGUGUGGCGGGACUCGGCCAGCGAGGAGGUUUUCACCAUGAUGGCGUCCAUCUGUCACACGCUCAUGGUGCAGCACCGCCUCAUGGUGCCAAAAGUCAGACUUCUGUACAGUUUAGCUUUCAACGCACGUUUCCUGAGGCAUCUCUGGCACCUGAUCACUUCCAUGACCACUAAAAUGAUCACGGGGUCCAUGGUGCCGCUGCUGCAGCUGAUCUCGCGGGGGUCGCCCAUGUCAUUCGAGGACUCCAACCGCAUUAUUCCCCUCUUCUAUCUCUUCAGCUCGCUUUUCAGCCACUCUCUCAUCUCUGUGCACGACAGCGAGUUUUUCGGUCAUGAAAUGGAAGGUCAGACGCAGUCCUUCAUGAUGCCCUUCACUCUGUCGGAGCUGGUGACUCUGUCCCGCUGUCUGAGAGACGCCUGCCUGGGAAUCAUCAAGCUGGCUUACCCCGAAACCAAAACCGAGCACAGGGAGGAGUACAUGGCCGCCUUCCGCAGCGUGGGCGUCAAGACCAACACUGCCGUUCAGCAGCGAAUCCAGGCCGAGCAGAAGCGCUGGGUCCAGCUUUUCAAGGUCAUCACUAACCUGGUGAAGAUGGUGAAAGCUCGCGACAUCAGGAAACCCUUCUGUCCAGCAGGUCACUGGCUUUCUGAGGAGGUCAACAUCCGAGCAGACAAGGUCACGCAGCUCUACGUCCCCUCGGCCAGACAUGUGUGGCGGGCACGCAGGAUGGGUCGCAUCGGGCCGCUCCAGUCAACGCUCGACGUUGGUUUGGAGCCUCCACAGCUGUCCGUCUCUGAAGAAAGACAUCUGGCCAUCCUCACGGAGCUCCCCUUCGUGGUUCCCUUUGAGGAGAGAGUGAAGAUCUUCCAGAGGUUAAUCUAUGCUGACAAACGGGACGUGCAGGGGGAUGGGCCAUUCCCCGAUGGCAUCAAUGUCACCAUCAGACGCAACUACAUCUAUGAGGACGCCUACGAUAAACUCUCCCCAGAAAACGAACCAGACCUGAAGAAGCGGAUUCGGGUUCACCUGCUGAACGCCCACGGGCUGGACGAGGCGGGCAUCGACGGCGGCGGCAUCUUCCGGGAGUUCCUCAACGAACUCCUCAAGUCGGGCUUCAACCCCAACCAGGGCUUCUUCAAAACCACCAACGAGGGCCUGCUGUACCCCAGCCCUGCCGCCGAGAUGCUGGUGGGGGACUCCUUCACCAGGCAUUACUACUUCCUGGGCAGGAUCCUCGGAAAGGCUCUGUACGAGAACAUGCUGGUGGAGUUGCCCUUUGCCAGUUUCUUCCUGUCCAAACUCCUGGGGACCAGUGCGGAUGUGGACAUCCACCACCUGGCCUCGCUGGACCCCGAGAUGUACCGGAACCUCCUCUUCCUCAAGAGCUACGAGGGCGACGUGGAGGAGCUGGGCCUCAACUUCACCGUGGUCAACAACGACCUGGGAGAGGCUCAGGUGGUUGAACUGAAGCUGGGAGGCAAAGAUAUCCCCGUGACCACGGCCAACCGGAUCGCCUACAUCCACCUGGUCGCCGACUACAGGCUGAACAAGCAGAUCAGGCCUCACUGCCUGGCCUUCAGACAGGGCCUGGCCAACGUGGUCAACCUGGAGUGGCUGCGCAUGUUCGACCAGCAGGAGAUCCAGGUGCUGAUAUCUGGAGCUCAUGUGCCAAUUUGUCUGGAUGACCUUAAAAACUUUACAAACUACUCUGGCGGGUACUCGGCCACUCACCCCGUCAUCCAGAUCUUCUGGGAGGUGGUCGAAGGGUUCACAGACGAAGAAAAGCGCAAGCUGCUGAAGUUCGUCACCAGCUGCUCCAGACCGCCGCUUCUGGGCUUCAAGGAGCUCUACCCGGCCUUCUGCAUCCACAACGGCGGGAACGACCUGGAGCGCCUCCCCACCGCCAGCACCUGCAUGAACCUCCUGAAGCUGCCCGAGUUCUGCGACCAGCACCUGAUGAGGAACAAGCUGCUGUACGCCAUCGAGUCGUCCGCCGGGUUCGAGCUGAGCUGAGCCGAGCCGAGCCGAGCCGAGCUUUCUCCGCCGGGACCCCGAGGCCACGGCGACGGCCUCAGAGCGACAGACUCGAGAGACAGAGAGCGAAAGGAUGCACUGACCCGCCCGAUUGUGUCGUGUGUUUCUCCGUGUGAGUGCCAAGCCCCGGGGUGACGAGACGCUCACCCGUAGAAUGAAAUGAAAACGAGAUAGGAAAUCAUUUGUUUUUAUAUCCACGUGGCUUUUACCUAAUUUAAUCUCUUAUCAGAAUACUUCAGCGACACAGUAUAAGUAUUGCGAGCUGGGGCAAACUUAAAAUGGAGGGUUGUUUCUCACCAAAGAUUACAUGGCAUUGAAAAAAAAAGGCAAUAUAGCAACAGGGGGGGACAGACUGUAGAGGAAGUGUACAGCCAGUAUGUAUUUUCACCUAGAGAUCAUCAAAACUUCAGUAUUUGUGAUUUCUAAAAUUAUCAUUAUUACUAAUACCGAGCGCCAUGUCUGACAUCCAUACCGUGAGUGUGCACAUGCCAUCUGAAGUGUGUAAAUGACUUUUAUUGCUGUAUUAGAGACUCAGAAAAAAAAAAGGAUUCUAUGAUGAUGGUUUUGUGAAUAUGUACAUGUUUACGACCGCUCUUGUAUUUUCCAUUUAUUUAGUAUUUGUACGGGUUUGUUUUUCUUUCCCGUCGUGUGAUGAAUGGAGGCUUCAUGUUUUCACACAUGCUCCUCUCUCCCUGCUCAGCAGCUGAAGGUUGAUCGUUUGCUCUGUUUUGUUUAAGACUUUGGGAUGAUCAGUGUACCAACAGGGUGAAAAAAAAAAAGCAAAAAAAAGAAAAGAACAAGACGAGUGUAUGGGAACGAAUAAACAGACUUUUCUUUUUGCAUUUUC